AUGACAGCACCGAUGACGAGUGCGGACGGGGUCGCCCAAAGUAGCAGCUGCUGCCCAUGCCAAUGGCUGUUGCUGCUGUUUCUAUGCAUCGGCGCACUGCACACAAUUUACGCUGCGAAAGCUUUGCGAUGGGUGAAAAAAGCCGCAGCAGGAUGGGAGACCCUCACUGAAGAGGAACGCCUUCGCUAUGGGCCCUUCGAGAGGCUCGACUGGAAUUCUCUUUCCACCUCAAAGAUCCUACUUGGCGCCUUUUUCCUCGUACGUUUCGAGUAUCAUAAGGGCGUCGUGCGCACGCAGAACAUCUUCUGGGACGGCCGCUAUCGCGAGGGGCCUGACGCCUUUGAAUGCAAGAAUAUCGUUGCAAAUCAUGUGUCUUGCAUGGACAUAAUGUUCUUCCUGACGCAGGCAUACACCUCAUUCGUCUGCAAAGUGCCUCUCACAACUGCCUGGCUGCUCGCUGUUGUUGUGGCUGUCUUGUCUUAUCCGCACGUUGCUGCUGCUUCACAUAAAGCCCUUGAGGCCUUGAUCGAGAGGAUGACGCGCGGUCCAUCUGACCCCUUCUCCAACCCAAUCGUUGUUUUUCCGGAAGGCACAACAACCAAUGGCCGCUGUUUGAUUCGCUUUCGUCGUGGAGCAUUCGCUGCUUUGCAGCCCGUGCAGCCUUGUGUCUUGAUCUAUACACCGGGGUGCUUGCACUUGGCGUACGAGGUCAUACCGUCUGCAUAUUUCAUGUCGCUCGCCCUCUCUGCAUGGCCUGCCAGUGAGCUGCGGGCUUACUGGCUGCCCCCAAUGGGGCCGCCUCCUGCAGAGCAGUUUGCCUCAGAAGACGAGCGCGUGAACGCCUUCGCAUGCCAAGUGCGAAAUGCCAUGUGGAAGGUUCUGAAGGAGAAGCACUAUGCCGCCGCAAAGUGA